UUUUGGAACAGCUUUCGCUCCACUUUAUGGACCUGUUGCUGUCGGAGAUUGUCAAUGGGUCCAUCGCUAAUCCCGGUGGGCUUCCUCAUGCUCCGUGGUUCUUUUUGCUGGAUUUUGGAUGGCGUUCUGGAUACGUUUGAAAGCUGCUGAUGGAUCGGUUUGAAGUGCCGCAGCUGGAGAAAUAUCCAAGGAACGUUUUUGCCUUGAUAUGUGGACAUAUUGAAAAUUGCUGAUGGGUCCCGGACUUGUUGGAAGCGAUUUUGUUGUCAUCGUCUGAGCUUGCGGACACACCUUCCUUGACGUUUCCACGUGUCUUGAGAGACUUUUUUUCUGCUGGAAAAGUGUAGAGACGUUUUUCCCCGGUGGUAAUGUGCAUGGCUCGCGGUUUUGCCAUCUAUUAUCGUUUUGUCGUUCCUGGCAGACCGCGGUGGCUGCAUCGUAGACGAAGACGCGCAACAUCAUCAUUUCCAUCAGCACUCGGAGGUCGGGCAGGAAUUUCCUCCCCGUUGGAAAUGAAUACACCUCGUACCUGAAGAUAUUAAAACCCCGACCCAGAAUCGGUGGGUGCUACGAACGGUUAACGACAAGCUGGGGAGAAGAAAAAAAAUGACGCGUCCGGGUGAAAGUUAGUCACAUUGGUUUAGUUCCGGAAGAAACGCGGCUCCGUUUUCUCGUGAGCUUCUUUCUUGCGAAUUCUGGAAACGAAGAGAUUCUUGAACGCUCCUUCAUUAAGGGAUUAAGGUGGGUAGAAUCCCUGCAUCGUUUGGCAGUACUCGAAGAGCUGAAUCACAGUUUAUGGACUCUGGUUUCUAGUGAAUACUCCGGAGUCAAGGUUGUGGCAGGUUGCAAGGCCAUUGUUGCAGGAUGCAAAUCCGCGAUUAACGGCUCGACAUAAAUCAAUGCGAUCUCCCAAAAGGCGCCGAAGCUGAAGAGCCGUCCGACCUGGGCAGCCUCUGAACCGACUUUGUCACAUCGACUUGCACUUUGCGCUCGUCUCGGCGUUUUUACGAGCUCGCGCUAUCACGAAAGGAGAACUCGUCGGCGGCAACUUACGAGACUGUAGGCCGAGGAGAAGGAGAGAAGGAGAAAGAGAGGGAGACGGGAUCGGAAAAGAGCGGAUUGGAAAUCGACCGGCGUGGGCGAAAACGGCGCCAACCUGUUGCUCAAGAUCCGAGUCCAAGAGAUCAAGUAGUUCUCCAAAACUCGGACUCCACGUCGAGCUGGUUGCUCGAUACUCUACGGAUCCGAUCGUUAAAAGAAAUCACCGGACCACCGGCGGAUUCUGGAAAUUAAACCCACUCGAUCUUCCGCGUGCGGACGUUUCGAGGUAUUCCGACAUUCUUCAGGGUGUUCUUCUACAUGGACCAAAGUUAGACCUUGGACCAGCACCAGUGCUCGUCUCAGUACUCGUCGGUUAAGUUUCACAUCUCGAAGUCGUCAAGAUCGAACUUGAUGACUUCUACAUUUCGAAGAUCUGAGAAUUAAAUAAGAUUAAAUGAAAAUUGGCUCUGGAGCUGCGAAGAAGAAAGGAAUAUACGAGAUCCUGUAUGGGAAUCUUCUUGGUGUCCAGUGGUCUUUUCGGCUCAAGAGAGCUUCGCCGAAUUCUGUGUCAAGAGGGAAUUUAGAAAUUGAUUUGCGCGGUCGCUCUCAAUAGUGGACCCUGAAGAGAGUAGCCGUUCCACUCGAGACUCCUGUGAGUAGAGGAGACACUUCUGUCGCGGUCUUCGAGUACCUCGCGUGGUUCCACGUUUUUUUUUCCACUCCGCACUCGAGAGGCCCGAGAUUGAGCCUGGAAUUCCUCUUGUCUCCCCUUCUAGACAAGAAGGUCCCGAUUUAAAUGGAUCAGUUUGAAGUUUAAUCGGAUUACCGGGCGAGAAACUCGCGGCGACGGAAGUCACGCCUCUUGAUACCGGGGAAUCUCGUUUUGACGUUUCCUCAUCAAACCGUAUCAAAGUGACGAUUUAAAUAUAUCCAGUUCUUCUGGGGCAUGUUAAAUCAGUGAAAUAACUGUCUAAAUACGGGAGUUUAAGUAAGACAUUCGGUGUUCAUCUGAAAGACGAGAAAAUUCAUCCUAAAGAGGAACACAACGCUCGAGGUCGUUCACGGCGCAGAAGCGAGUAAUCGCGGUACCACUUCAGGGAUUCACCGCAAGAGAAAACACUUCCUCAGCUACUCGAGUAUAUCCCGUGGUUUUGACGUUUCUCCGCUAAAGUGACCAAGAGGAAUUAAAAUAUUUUUCAAACCUCCGAGGAUUGCUAAAUCGAUGACCAUUCGAAGGAUCCAAUGCAAGAGAAAACACUUAGAUUGCUCCUCGAGGGUGCUUCGGGAUUUUGCUGUUUCUUCGUAAUAGUAGUGAUUAAAGUAUCGUUAUUUCUCCUAGAGAUUGCGAAAUCGGUGGAAUAACUUCUCGAGGUUAAGAGUUAAAUGAAUUAUUAAACGAGAGGUUCUAAGCGAAACCAAGUCCCACCCUGAAGAGAACCACAACACGCGAGGUCGUUCACAGCGCAGAAGCGAGUAAUCGCGGCACCACUUCAGGGAUUCACCGCAAGAGAGGACACUUCUCUCUCUACUCGAGUACUUCGUGGUUUCGAAGUUCCCCUCCCCCGGUGCAAAGAAGUCCCGGCGAAGAAGUGACGUUCAAACAAUCGUUUCCUCCUUCCCGGGACCCUGGGCCCGCCCGACAUCCGACCGAUGGGGUUUCUAUGGAAAUGAGAACAUGAGUCAACCCGACAAGAUGGACAAGUCCUGCAGGAUCAUUCUCUUCGUGCUGAUGACGAGCCUCGUCAUCGUCUCGGCCGACCUGACGACGAGGGAGCUGCUGGAGUGCAGGGCGAACCUGACCAAGGCGGUCAGGAACGAGGCGACGUUCCUGAAGAAGGUUCGCCAAGCGGACUACAUCUUCACGGGGAAGAUCAAGGAGCUCGGCAGAGACCAGCUCCAUGUAAAAGUGAAACGAGCCAUUAAGGGGGCUCUGAAUUCCACCCUUGAUCUUAUGGUGAACGACUCCUGUGCCGCGUACAUCCGGCGAAGUUUUACCGGCAUCUUCAUGGGUCGCAAGGACAUCGGGUUUGGGGACGUCCGACACCAUGGAAAAGUGGUAAUGCACUUCGGACCGGUACCAUUGACCCUGACGAACCUGGACAGACUCAACGCGGCUGUGAAAGACAUGUCCUACAAGCCGCGGCAUCCCGUCAUCGAGGAUAAGGGUGUAAAUUUCGCCAGUAAUAACGCGGAGCCCUGCGAGAAGACAUUUUGUGCCUGGGGGGCCUCCUGCGUGGUCUCGGAAAAUGGUCGAGCCCUGUGCCAGUGUCCCGUAAAUUGUCCAGCCAAUCACGAGCCGGUUUGCGGAUCCGACAACGUGACCUACACCAAUCACUGCCAUUUGCGACAGGCUAGUUGCCAGCACCGGAAAACCUUCAGGGUGAAGCAUCAGGGAGCUUGCGAAAUCACAGAUCCCUGCACGAAACUGAACUGCUCCCAGGGAGCGCAAUGUGUGAGAACCAGAGAUGGAUCCGAGGCGAAAUGCGAGUGUCUCGAAUUCUGUCCAAAUUUGGGAGACCACGAGGGAUCGGGACCAGUUUGUGGAUCGGACGGCGUCGACUAUCCCAACGUCUGCGAGCUGAACAGAGCAGCCUGUUCGAGAGGUGUAAACGUCACGGUCGCGUUUCGCGGUAAAUGUGAUCCUUGCGCGGGUGUUUCAUGCAUGGAACCGGAAGUGUGCCAGCUGGACGCGUCCAGGCAACCAGCUUGCCGCUGCGGAGAACAAUGCGGCCUAGAAUUCUCGCCGGCUUGCGGAAGCGACGGGAAAACCUACUCCAACGAGUGCACUUUGCGGCAGGAGGGCUGCAGAUCCCGGAUGCAGCUCAGGAAAAUCUACAAAGGAGUGUGCAGUUCAGGGACGAAUCCUUGCGACGGGGCACAAUGCGAACCUUUGCAACAAUGCGCCAUCGACAAGUACGGGAUCGCUCGAUGCGAAUGCGGACCAGUUUGCGAGCCGAUCAUGAGACCCGUGUGUGCAAGAGGAGGGACCACCUACACCUCACUUUGCGAGAUGAAGAGACAAGCUUGCUUGAUGAAGAGCAGCGUCGAGCUCGCCUACACCGGAGCCUGCGGAUCCAGAGGGCCCUGCUCCGAGAAGAUCUGCCAAUGGGGCGCGGUUUGUGCGGAAACCGGCGGCACCGCGGUUUGCGAGUGCCCCACUUGCCCUGCGGAAUUCCAGCCCGUUUGCGGAAAUGACGGCAUCAGCUACGGAAACGAGUGUAAACUGCGUCUAGAAGCGUGUCAACAUCGCAGGGAAAUUCAAGUGCUCUACCAGGGCUUGUGUAACGGCUGCGAAAAUAAAAAGUGCGACCAUUACGGAGAGUGCGAGAGCGACAGUACCGGAGAGGCUAAAUGCGUGUGCCCCAAGUCAUGCGAAAAUGAGGUGAAGGAUCUUUUCAACCCAACUAAAGUGUGCGGUACAGACGGGGUGACAUACUCCUCGGAGUGCGCCUUGAAGAAGGCGUCCUGCGACUCCCAGACUCUCAUAAAAAUCAGCUACGAGGGCGAUUGCGAAAUGUGCACGGACGUGAAGUGCGAACACGGGGCAUAUUGCGUGGCCGGUGCAUGCGUGUGUCCGAAAACAUGUCCGGAAGAGUACAGCAAGCCAGUCUGCGGCAGCGACUCCAAGACCUACUCCUCGGAAUGCCGACUACAGGAAGCUGCUUGCGAGAGGGACCCAAAGCUGCCGAGCUUGCGAGUUAUUUUCUACGGAGAGUGCGAGGAGAGAUUCGCGGUUGCUGCCCUGACGACAAUGUCGACCCUCGCUGCCACAAGACUGACCACGAUGGUGGAGGUGACCAGUCCUCAGGAGCGGGAAGCCUGCAAGGACAUUAAUUGCGAUUUCGAGGCAACCUGCGAACUGGGGCCAGACAAGUACCCCACAUGCAGCUGCAGAUUCGACUGCGCCUCCAUAUCCCCCGAAAAUAUGCAUCCCGUAUGCGGGAGCGACCUCAGGACCUACUCGUCCUUGUGCGCCAUGAAGAUGGAGGCGUGCCAGAGGCAGAAGGAACUCAGACUUAGGCCUCUGGACCUCUGUCAAGGUAUGGAGGUGAAACCAUGUAAUGGGGAUCCCCCUUUGGUGGACCAUGAGGGGAAGGAGUACGACUGUGGAAGCAGCCCGGAACGCAGGGAUUGUCCCAGCAAUAGCUAUUGUCACCAAACAACGCGCUUCGCACGUUGCUGCAGAAAAGCUCAAGGGGUUCAGGUGGUAAAGUGCGCGGAUUCUUGGCACGGCUGCUGUCCCGAUGGGAAGACCGCUGCUUUGGGUCCAGAUGGUGCUGGGUGUCCCAGUCUUUGUGGCUGCAACAGACUGGGAAGUGUUUCGGACACUUGCAAUCCAGAAACCGGUCAAUGCGAGUGCAAACCAGGAGUGGGUGGGCUGAAGUGCGACCGGUGCAUGCCUGGAUACUGGGGCUUGCCGAAAAUCAGCGAGGGUCAUCCAGGAUGCAUACCUUGCGGGUGCUCGCUCUUUGGAUCCGUUAGAGAAGACUGCGAACAGAUGACCGGCAGAUGCGUCUGUAAAUCGGACAUACAGGGACAGAAGUGCACCAUUUGUACAGAUCAUAAUAAGAUGCUUACACCCACGGGAUGUUACUCAGCGGAUACCAUACCACCGAUCCCCAUGAACUGCAACAAGAUGGAAUGUUACUCCGGAGGACACUGUUCGGAAAUCGGAGGGCCUCAUUGCGUUUGUCCGUCGUCGUGUCCUGCGGACAUUCCGUCGGUCCCUGUUUGCGGCAGUGAUGGGCAAACGUAUGACAACGAAUGCGAACUACGGCUCUACGCCUGUCGCCAUCAGGCCGAUGUCGUAACUCAGGCCUUCGGCCAUUGCAGAGACGAUCAUUUGGUAAACACGGACGUCCCGAUGAAAAGAUACACGGCCGUUCAAUACACGCAACCAGCAGCGGCCAUUUCGCCCCUGUCGAAAUCCACGAGGCAUCUUCUGGUACCAGAACCAGACCCACGGUACUAUUAUACCCAUCGGGCCCAUCAAGAGACCAUUACCAUCGAUCGGGACAACCUUAAGCACGGAAUAGCAGCAGCUUCUAGACCUACUCCGGCAACUAUAAGAGUGGUUACUGCACUUCUUGGUGAUCUGUGCACCGACGACAAGGACUGCACGAUUUCGAAUAGCGAGUGCAUGGAUGGUGGAUGCAUUUGCAUAGAAGGAUAUUCCGAGACGAGCGACAGGCAAGAGUGUUUCGCAAACAAUGCCCCGGUAACACCUACUGAGGAAUUCCGGGCAUGCCUCUCGUAUCCAUGUCACGCAUCAUCUACGUGCAUUGACCUACCCAGCGCUACAUUUGUAUGCAUCUGUCGGCCAAAUUAUACCGGGCUGCUUUGCGACGAAGAGAUCAACAAAAGGGACUACGAGAUUCCGUUUUUCGACGGGAAGAGCUACGUCAGGAUGAGCAGACUGAAGGCCUACCAUAAGUUCAGCAUUGAGGUGGAGUUCAAAACGUAUGCCGACAAUGGCAUCAUUUUGUAUAACCAGCAGAAGAGCGACGGCACCGGAGACUUCCUCUCCUUGGCCAUCGUCGACGGAUUUGUGCAGUUCAAGUACAACCUUGGAAAUGGGCCCGUGGUCCUGACGUCGCCGAAGAAGGUCACCAUGAAGACCUACCAUAAAAUCGCCGCGAAAAGGUACCACAAGGACGGCGUUUUGAUAUUCAACGACGCCGAGGACAUAAACGGCCAAAGUCAAGGGAUAAUGAAGUCGCUGGAUUUGAAUCAAGACACCUUCGUCGGAAACGUGCCAACGAAUCACUCGAAGGUGUACGAGAACAUCGGCACGAACCAUGGGUUGCUCGGAUGCAUAAAGAAGCUGAAAAUCAAUCGACAAUCCGUGGAUCUGCACAUGGGACAGCAAAAGGACAUCCUGGAGGUCUACAGGGUAAAGGAGUGCGGCGACAACGCUUGUGCAAACAUUCCCUGUCAAAAUGGAGCGACCUGUCAGCCGAUAUUCGAAGAGGACCUUUGCAACGGCAGAGAGUGCAGACGGACGCACAAAAGAGGAAAAGGAAAGCACAGGAAUAACAAUAACGGAGUUAACAUCGUCAGGUGCAAGGGAUCCCACUGCACGUCCAUGGAGACCAGACGUAGAUCAAGGAAGAACUCUAAGAAACGGUGUACGACUCCCCAUUGCGACUACGACUACGAUUUGGAGUACGAGAACAAUUACAACCGGGUGGAGAAUUACGCCGUAGAGAAAUACGAGCCCCAGGAUUACAGAUGCAUAUGUCCACCUCAGUACACGGGUCGCAAUUGCGAGGAAUCAUUGGAUCCUUGCAUGGACGAGCCCUGCCAACAUGGUGCCACUUGCGACAUCCUGCCCCAGGGAGGAUACAUUUGCAAGUGUCCUCCGGGAAGAGCCGGGGAACACUGCGAAAUUUUGGACGCGGAACUGACGGAGUUGCUGGUACCAGAAAUGGCGGGCGAUGGGUUUCUGGAGCUGCCUUGCCUCGAAGGGGUCGCCAAAGCGUUCUCCAUUGAAUUAUGGUUCUUGUCCAGAGCCAGCGAUGGUCUCUUGCUGUACAAUGGUCAGCUAAAUAACGGACGGGGAGAUUUCAUUAGCCUGAAUCUGGUUAGGGGCCGGAUGGAGUUUCGAUUCAAUCUGGGCAGCGGAAUCGCCAACAUUAGUUCUCCUGAUCCAGUUAGUUUGGACACUUGGCACUGCGCAAGGAUCAGUAGAUUAGGGAGGGAAGGACUUUUGCAGUUGGAUGAUGGGACUGUGGCUAGGGGCCUGUCUGGGAGUCCUUUGACGGAAUUGAAUCUCGAGAUGCCUUUGUACAUCGGAGGCGUCAAGCAUUGGAGGGAGGUGCAUCGAUUAGCUGGAGCUUCUACGGGACUGGUCGGCGCCGUCCAAAGGCUCAUGGUGAAUGGCAAAACUCAUCAAAACUUGGCAGUGAAUAUCACCCAGCACAACACAAAGAUUUACGACGGCUUACCGUGUCCCAGCAACGAAAAUCCCUGCCACAAUGGCGGAGUUUGUCUGCCUCUACUCAACAGCUAUCUCUGCAAAUGUGCGAGCGGAUACAACGGCCUCCACUGCGAAUUCUUCAUGGGAUACGACGUCUCGGGCGGUGAGAUCGCAGAGAAACCGGUGCGCUUCAACGGAAAUAAUUUCCUGCAGUUCAGACAUCGCUACGGGAGGAGUCCUAACAUUACUAACACGACACUCGGCGAGUACUAUGAAGAAAACUACUCCGAUUACGAUCUUGAGGACGAUAUCGAUGAAGAGUAUGAGAAUUACGAUUACGCCGAGCGAAGGGAACAACAGUCAAACAAGUUCGAGCUGAAGUUACGAACAACGCACUCCGAAGGUCUCAUCGCUUGGAUAGGUCGGGGCAAAGCUGAACAUCUCUCGCUGUCCUUACAGGGAGGUUACGUGGUCCUCUCCUACAAGAGCAAGAACGAGCAGAUUUCCCUGAAGAGUCGGGAAAGAGUGGAUGACGGACAGUUCCACCACGUGAGGGCGUCGCGACGCCGACGAGCGACCAUCGUUCAAGUGAACGAAUCAACGCCUGCCAAGAAGUUAAUCGAAACGACGCCAUUGAUGACCAACGGGAAGCUUUUUAUAGGCGGGAAGCCGGGACAACGGGGUGUCAAAGCUUGCGUGACGGACUUUGUCGUCGACAAGCGUCGCGUCCAACUAACCCGGCGGAAAGUCGAGCUGUGUCAUGACAACGACGUAUGAUAGCGCGCCAAUAACGAGGGUGUCAUCGAAGAGUCAUCGAACGACGGAUACGCCUUCGUCGGUCGCACGACGCCGAUCGCCGAGGCUGUGGCCGGAAGUUAACACGACAACUCCGAAAAGUAUUAUGAAGAAACCAAAAUGGCGUCGGCCAAGCAUCGAAGGGCAACGGAGGAGGCGUCGGUACCGCAAUGACGGCGAAGACUGGCUACUAUGGACGCACAAUUAAGCCACGAAUUACGGUAGACUUUGGGAUAACCAAGGUAAACCGAUCUUCGGAAGGGUCAGAGGUGUGGAUCACCCGAAAACGGGCCUUCGAGGUACCCAACCCGAGAAAAUCGAGGAGGAUCGACCCCACGUUGCGGCGUAUCGGAGUUCCGUCUCGUUUCAAGAUGGCGGGGUGGAAACGCGAUGUAGCGAGCCUCGUCGAACGGGGCGACUCAAGUGCUAGAGUUUCCAUCGAAGGACAAUAAUUUACUAUUAAGCUCGAGGUUAAGAGAUUCGAUAUUAAGCGACCCAUAGGCCGAGCUGAUAGGACGCGCGCCUUGAGUUCGUGACACGAUUCGUUCACUUAUGAACCGAUUCUGACCAAUGACACCUGACGAGCGGAACUGCGAUGGCACAGAGUGUUAAUAAUUAGCCCGUCGUUUAAUUUAUCGCUGCUCGUUGCGUGAAUGGGAAAUUGUGUUACGAGGUUAGGGUGCGGAACCGGUGUCCGGGAAGUUAAGUAAGCCUAAGACGACGCUUCCAGGAAAGAAAGAUGGCCGCGUCAAGACUGAUCGAUGUACCGGGGACGGACGGGAAUGCCGUAAAUAAAGAAAAUCGGUGUUAUGUUUGAGUGUUCGGUAGAGAGAUUUAACAUUGUGGAUUAACUGAAUAGAGAUGUAUUUUAACGGACUGUUGAUUUGUGCCGGUAGUCUACAUUGUUUACCGUAGAUCAAGCUUUUCAUAAACGCGCAAAAAAGAGUAGAUUAUAUAUAGAUAUUAUAAAUAUGGAUCUUAUAUAUAUAUAUAUAUGCAUAUGUAUACAUGUAUACAUACGCGUGUCUUAUAUAUAUACAUAUGUAUACAGACGUGACAUUCCACUUAAUGGGCUCUAAAUGCCGCGGAUCGCGGAGCUGUACACGAAAUGGUAUUAACAAAUGCGGGCAAUUCCUGUUUAACGAGUGAGUGCGACACAAUGAGCGGGCGUAAACCCUGUACAUAUAACGACCUAUGCGUUAAGCCUGCGAUUACGAAUUAACUCGUGAUUUAAAUAGAUCGUACGAACACUCAAUAAUCUACCUAGCGGCAGUAACGACCCAACGAUCAUCAUCGGAUUUGCCUUUCAUACGUUUCACGGCUUAACGUCCUCCGAGGACUUAUGUGUCUGCAUGUCUGCAUGCGUUCGCCGGCAUUAAAAUUCGGGGUACUUUGCAUAUUUUCGAGCGGCAAGUCCCUGGAACGGUUCUCCUCAUUUUCGGAUCGGGAAUCUCCGUACGUCACCGAGGACGUAACUUUUACGAGGUAGGAACAGGAUGAACGAAUAAAUAAGUAAAUAUGUAUACAUGUUUUUCCAUAAAGUGCGAAGGGUGUAAGCGGUUCCGGGACGAGGCUCGGUUGAAAUUCUCUUCCCAUUCGUCGGGACGGGAAGAUCGAAAGAAGUUGAUCUCGUGCUCGGUAAGAGGAUGUGGAAUAAGUACUCGAUGUAAAAUAUUUUUAACCGCAAGCUCUUCGCACUCGAGCUUCGACGUUACGAGAUCUGCCAGACCCCGCGUGCGAGAAUUGCGUUAAACUCCGAGGUUUAAAUUAUUUUUAAUAUACUCAUUUGAGGGUCGAACUGUAUACGUACGCGUGAUGACGAUGACGAAUAGCGAUUAGGUUUGACGUAAGGGUGCAGAGAGAGAAUAUUUCUUAAAUUAAGACGUCCUUAUGUUAAGGGUGAGAUCGAUACCUUCUUGUUUUCUACCGACGUAAUUAUACUCUAGGUAAUGUUAAUGCAAAAUACUCGAAGUCGCGACCUAACUCGCAAGGCGACCUAUACAUAUAUAUAUAUAUAUCUAGUAUAUACCGAGAGCUGUUCUAUGAUAACGAUAUACCAAUAUAUAUAUUUCGAGAGUGUCUCACGAAGUAGGAUAUAUCUAGAGGACAUGUGGACAUGCCAGAAAAAAAGCCGCGAAUAUCCUUCAGGAUAUGUUCUGCAGCGACGUGUGCGAGCUUUUCGCCAUUGUUGCAUAAGGAAUACUCUAAUUAGCCGGUAAUAUUAUUUAAAGAGAUUAUACAAAAGAGGGGAACGCUCGAUGUGGUUUUUCCAGGACUCGGAUAAUUGUGGAAAAUCAUCCGUUAUCCAUUUAAAAAGUGUCGGCGGGAUGGAAAAAGGGAAUUUGGAGAUGACAAUUUUCCAAGCUUCUGUGGCGUUUCAUUUAUAGUAUUCUAGACCAUCGUCUCGUUGUUUUAGAUGAUAUUCGAUCGAAACGGAUCAAAAGGGAAAAAAGGCGUAAUAAGUAAGGGGAAAGAAUAAGCAAUUUUGAAGGAAUUCUUUGCAUUUUAGUGAUGUUUUUGUGACGUUUCGUUAAAUCAUUCGUUGUACAAUAGGCAACAUAAUUUCUUUGGCUUUGCACAAUAAUUUAGUCUUUUGAAACUAAAAGGAUUGUGUUGCCUGUCGUAUGGUGCUAAUACUUGGACGAGACCAGUAAAAAAGCUUAAUAAAAUAAAAUCAACAAUCCACACGAGACCAGUGAAAUCUAGUUUUACGUUGAAAUUUUCUACAACAAUUUAAAUCGCUCUCGCAAUACCUUAAAGGUCGGAAGAAGAAUAUUCAGGGAGACUUUUUUACCUGCAGUUUUGAUAAUUUAUUUAUGCACCUUUCUAAGUGGCAGAAAGGAUUUACUCAGUUUUACGCUUUAUCGAUACAUCGAGGCGUGUAUUGAAAUACAUAUCGAGAUUACACAGACUACCACGACGUCCAAAUGAUCGGCUAGAACAAAACAAAAAGCGGUAAUCGUGUUUCCGGAUGCACGUGAAAUGAAUUAAGCAUGUUUAUCAUUGAUUAUCGAUCGAAAUGAAAAGGAUGAAACACCUUCAAGGACUAAAUAUGUAAUAUUAGAAGAUCCUUGAGAUACUGAAAUUUAUGAAAUUCUGCGCCAAUGUGGCGACUUUACGAGCUUCACCCAGACUUUGGAAAAGACUUACUGGAAAAGCGUGAAUUAUGAAUUCCGCGCGACUCGACGCCAAAGAAUGGUCGAGGUACAGGAAAUGACAUUUUCGGAUGAGAAGACUAUACUACUGCCAACCUAGUUAGGAUGGAUGCGUUAAUUUUCGUACAAAGUGGGAAUUUCGGCCCGACCGCCCCUCGGGAUUCCGUGGUCUCCGGAAUGGUCAGGGAAUUCCUUUUCGCCGAAAUUCGCCCUCGUUUUUUAUUUUUUAUUUUUUAUUUUUUUUUUAUUUCGAAAGCGUCGACCAUCGCGCGGGUCGCACGCAAGUAUACUGCUCUUAAUUAAUUUUUUACUUUGAUACCGUUUAAUCGCGACUGUAAAUGUCGCGACACCUAAGGGAGCCACACUUGUGUAACAAAAAUGCGCAUUGUAAAGUGACUGUAUAUAAAUAUAAAUUAUGCGAAUAUCUCGAGACGGUCCUCUUUCAUCUCUCGGUACCUUUAGUCUCUGUUAUCCUGCAAUGAGUAAACAUAGUAUGCGUUAUUAAUCAUAUUUAUAAUUGUAGAUAGCACCAUUGCGCGUUUGUUUCUGAACAAUUAGUCCGUUUCUUUAAUUUUACACUAUUUUCGUCGCCGGUAACUAUUGUUCCCUUAGCAAAUGAACCGCAAGAUGCAGUCGAUAAGUACUCAGCUGAAGUGGAAGAUAACGUAGACCGCGUUAUUACAAACUCGGUCGGUAAUGAAACUUCUGAGAUCAAAUUUAAUUGGAAAAAAAAUUCAAAAUAUACCAUAUGCCCUGUCUUUUUUAAUCCUUGAAUUUGAAACAUUAAAUAUAUUGUUAAUUAAUUGAGAAACAAAUGCAAUAAUCAACGCAUGAUAACAGCGAAAACUGCACUGAAACGCAGUUGGUACAAUUGAGGAGUACUCCAACUCUUCAAGAAUGCGUU